CUCGCAUCUCUUGUGUCUUCUUAAAUACUCACAGAACACAACUAUACCCUCUUUGUCCGCUUGUCUUUUUUUUUCCCUUUUUUUUCUGCAUCCUUUACCUCGCGACACCUUUUUCUUUAUCCUUCGUCUAAACAAUAGUUCAGCACUGAAGAACAAAGCCAGUUCAAUCCCCUCUACUUGUGACACUAUAUAUACCCAAUAAGCCUCCUCCUGCUUUCAUCUCUACCCCACCCACAUACCCUUUACAACAAUGCGUCUGAUUACCCUGUUGGGCGCGUGCGCCCUCAUCACCGCCAUGUCAACUGCUCAGGGUAAGGAGGAUAAGGCGAAGAAGGAGGGUAAGGAGAAGAAGGAGAAGAAGGAAGAGGAAAAAAAAGCGGAGAGGCAAUACAGGAUGGCCCAGCAUGAGCACAACGAGAUCCAGCAACAGCACAAGAAGGUCCAGCAGGGGCAUAAGAAAAUCCAGCAAGAGCACGAGAAAGCCCAACAGGGGCAUAAGAAGGUCCAACAGGGACACAAGAAGGUCCAGCAGAAGAAGCAGCAGCACCAUCAUACAAUGGAGCAGGAUCAUAGCCAUCGUCAGCAGCAGAACGCGCAGCAGCAGAAGGAGCUCAAGGCCAAGGGCCGUGGUGGACACGAGCGCCAUAACGAACAUCACCAUCGCAACCAUCAUCACAAUAGUGAGUAUCGACACGACAAACAUCAUCAUCACGAUGACAAGUGCCACCAUGAUAGGCACCGCGACAGGCGCCCUCACCAUCACCACGAUAAGGAUCCUCAUCAUCACCACGAUAAGCACCCUCAUCAUCACCACGAUAAGCACCCUAAUCCUCACCACAAUAAGCACCACGAUAAGCACCACGACAAGCACCCUCGCCAUCAUCAUCACCACCAUCAAGAGGAGGAUGACUGUACCGUUUAUGAGACCAUCGUUAUUGUGGCUGAAUGUUGCGCCGAUGCCCUACAGCCCUUGUGGUCAAGAGUGGCCUUCGAUCCAACGACCGUCAACAGCGAAACCAGCGAAAAGGCUAUCGAUCCUGAGGUUAUGGAGUGGAUUGAGUACAAUGCAAAGAAUUAUGGGUAUGAUGUGUAUGAGGACAACGACGCUGAGGAGGACAUGGAGACGGCUGCCGAAGGCGAGGGUUCGGUCGAAAUUGUUUACGAAGAGGAGCACCAGCCUCAGGCACAGGUCCAGGUGAACGGCAAUGGGGCCUCGAUUUCGCAGAAAGUACCAGCUGCAGAAAUGAAGCAACCUGUGGAUGAAGAUGAGGAUGUCGUCGCGAGCGAGAGACCGAUUGCAAUGACGGAGAAGCAGCAGCCACAACGACAGAACGAAAGAUUUCAGUUCUUGAGACGUAACUGAGAUGAAGUGAUAGCGUGAAAGAAAUAGGUUUUUUUAUUAUUAGAGAGGAGGAUAGUGGGCUCGAUAUUUGGUUUUGAAAGUACAAUAGUAGCCAUAUUACUAAAGUAAAAGCAAAACAACAAAGACAAAGACUGAGGAAC